AUGUUUACACUCUUUUUCCAUUUUGUUGCAAGUAAUUGGACCGAAUACUUUCAAGGCAAUCCAGACACAAUCCUUACAAGUUAUAUAUUGCCUGAUUUUACGUUUGAAGGCAACGUAUAUUUUUCAAAAGCAUUAGUUUUAAACUUCGAUGCACAAGUAAUGGCAGCAACUGCAUCAGAUAAAUACAACCUGCUUAUUGAAAGCUCAUAUUUCCUUAAUAUCAAUGCUGAUAGCGCUGGAGCUACAAUUUAUUGGGAAACAGCUGGUAACGUACAAAUAGACCAGACAUGCGUAUCUAAAACAUUUGCUACUAUCCAAUAUCCUGGUACAUUCCUUUUUUACACUGGAGAAGGAACUGUCAACAUUUCAUUUGUUACAUCUAUUGAAUCUGGAAAACUUGAUGACUACGCUUAUAAUACGAUAUAUUUUAAUGCAACAAAAGGUAAUGUUGAAUAUUUUAACCAUACAAAUUCUUUUUCAUCUUCACUUCAAAUUACUUCAGCACAGAAAUCAAAUAUAACAUAUUCAAUAGUAGCUCAUAUGAACUUAACGAACGAUGAAGUACAUUUUCAAUUAGUUUCAUGUGAUCAAGUCGAUGUUGAUUAUUGUAAUUUUAUUAAUAAUUCUUUCGAGUUAAGCCCAAGCACUAUCCUUAUUUUCCAGAAUCCUGCAAAUUCUAGGCUAUAUAACUGUUGUUUCGUCCAAAAUAAAGUGUAUUACAUCGAAAAGAGAAGUUUGAGUGACAGUCCACUGCCAAUUUCGGGUAUUUAUGUUGAUAAUGGACUAUUUGAUGAGACAGUAUCUGGAAUUGUCACAACAUCUUCAACACAUGUUUUGAUUUUGUUGAAUACUUAUGAUUGUAGAGCGAAUUUCACUCCCACAGCAGUCAAAACUAAGAAUAUUGCAGUCAUUGCAUCAGUCAGUACCGCAGCAGCUGUUGCAGGUGGUAUUGGAAUUGGUACUCUCGUUUUUUGGAUUGUCAAGAAAGUAGGAACACAUUCUGUAGGAUACGCGGUCAAGAAAGCCAUGGAAGACGAUGAUUAUGAUGACUAUACAUACGAAUAUUCACAGGAAGAAUCUGAUAACAAUAAAGAAGACGAGAAAGAAGAACAAGAGAAAGAGAAAGAGCAAGAUAAGAAAGAUGAAGAAAAAGCAGAUAAUUCUGAUGGUUUGGGUAAAGAAUUAUCAGUUUCAGAUGAUGAAAAAUAG